CGCCCAUCGAAUUAUCAGUUUGCUUUAUCAACGAGAGAAUGGUGUUAUGGUGAAGUAUCCUUUAAAAUAGUCCUAAAAUACGUAUAAUUUUCUAAUUUAAUAUACUUAAAUCCACCAUGGAGUUACGAAGAACCGUGUUCUACAUCUUCGCCUCAUCUAUGGCAACAUUAAUCACCGGAGUUACCUUAUUCUACGUGCUAACAAACCGAGGUGAGAAGCUGAGCAUCGGAUGGUUCUUAGGGAACACCUCUCCUUUCAUGUGGGCUACUCUGGGCAUAGCCCUAGCGGUGGCUUUCUCAGUAGUCGGAGCUGCAGCUGGAAUUUACACAACCGGAGUCAGUAUAAUCGGCGGAGGAGUGAAAGCUCCUCGAAUCAAAACCAAGAACUUGAUCUCGGUGAUUUUCUGCGAAGCUGUGGCCAUCUACGGACUUAUCUUAGCUAUCGUAUUAUCCGGUCAAUUGGAAGUGUACACCGAGAAUACCACCGACCAGACUAUCAAAAACCAAAACUAUCUGUCUGGGUAUUUGAUGUUUGGAGCCGGAUUGAGCGUCGGUUUGGUCAACUUGUUUUGCGGUAUGGCUGUUGGUAUCGUAGGAUCUGGAGCUGCUUUAGCCGAUGCUGCCAAUUCUUCGUUGUUUGUUAAAGUCUUGAUUGUAGAAAUUUUCGGUAGUGCUAUCGGUCUGUUUGGUUUGAUUGUCGGUAUUUAUAUGACGUCGAAGAUCAAGAUGGGUGAUAAAUUGUAAAGAUGUUAAUGAGAACUAUUGCGAGUGUUUGUACGUAUAUGUUAAUGUACUUAAAGAUGUUCUCUUCGUUGUUUUUCAGAUAUCUUGUCAAUAUUUUAUUAUAUUAUCGUUGUAUUAUAUAGAGUUGAUUAUGUUGAAUUCCUUUCACCAUUAUUAUUAUAAAGACUUAUCAUUUUAUUCGUGUAAAUAAUUCGCAUUCCGUACGUAGUACCUACUCUUUAACUUGUGUAGCAUAAAUUGUAAACGAUUAGUAGAAAAAAAAUGAGAAAUUAUUUUCAAUAAAUUAUAAUUUAAAUUUUA